AUGUCCCUUGAUCGCAGCGAAGCAAUCCGCUCGUAUGGCACACGCAUCGAGGUGCGUCGUGACAGGGAUUCAUCAAGCAAAAAGGUCUUCAGAAUCGACUCGGUAGCAACUACGGAGCAUGGAUCUGAGCAGGCCCGAGAAAUAGCGCGCGAGAAUACUAGCAAGUUGAAUAUUGGGCCUGUCGAGCAGCGACAUGGUGCAACAGCAGAUGGUCAGAGAAAAGUGACGUGGAAGGAGUGUGGGCUCGGCGGAUGGGCGGGAGCCAGACUCAAGCGGGAAGGCGAUCGGGGAACGUGGCCUGUGUGGUGCAGCUCUCAGAUAGAGUCGAUGCCAGAAAGCUCCGAGCGCAUGUCCCGUUACUCCACUUUCAAAUGGGCCAAUCACUGGGGCUCCCAAGCCACGACCACACGAAACCGAAGAACCGAAAGCUCUCAGCAUGAGCCGCUGUCGUGGUCCGGGCGAACAGAAAGAGUUGGCGCGAUCGAAGCUCAGCCUUCAACCUCGGCGGCUUCCUGCCAAUGA